GUGUGUGUGUGUACGAGACAGGGCACCAGCUCUGUUUGCAGUCUUAGUUAUAAUAAGAGAGGCGGAUGAUGACAUCUUCACACCCAAGUCCUCGGUGUGUAAAAGAGUUCGACUCUCGGCAAGCUACUGCUCCGCAGAACAAAUACAGGUCUGAAUAAAGGGCAUCUUGAUGGCGGGAUCUGAAAUCUGACAUUGUUGGAACGCUUGAGGAAAGGUUUAUUUAAUUCGACAGAACAUUUAACUACUCAGGACAACUGAGCUAAAGAAAAGAUGGGAUGCGCCUGCAGUUCGGACUCAGACAGCGAAUGGAUCGAGAACCUGGACGAGAUUUGCGAACACUGCAACUGCCCCAUUCCUCCCCAGUCGUGCAAUCCAUACACAGAUCAGGUGAUUCCAUACCCGUCACAGUACACGCCCCCGAUGUCACCUCUACCAGAUAACAUCGGGGUGGCCAUUUACAGCUAUGACCCCAAACAUGAAGGAGACCUGGGCUUUGACAAAGGAGACAAACUCAAGAUCAUCAACAAGGAUGACGAGGAGUGGUACCUGGCCGAGUCUCUCACCACAGGCCAGAGGGGCUACAUCCCUUACAACUUCAUCGCCAUGACCACCGUGGAGACUGAACCAUGGUUCUUCAAGAACAUCUCUAGAAACGAUGCCAUGAGGCUCCUCCUGGCUCCUGGGAACACGCAGGGCUCUUUCCUGAUUCGAGAAAGCGAGACUUCCAAAGGGUCGUACUCGUUAUCAGUCCGGGAUCUGGACCACAACACAGGGGAAGGUGUGAAGCACUACAGGAUCCGCAACAUGGACAGUGGAGGCUUCUACGUCACAGCCAAGAUAUCCUUCAACUCUCUGAAGGAGCUCGUCCAGCAUUACUCCCGUGAAGCAGAUGGAUUGUGCACAGUCCUGGUGAAACCCUGCCAGUCCAGGGCGCCGCAGAAGCCCUGGUGGCAGGACGAGUGGGAGAUCCCCCGGGAGUCCCUGAAGCUGGAGCGCAGGCUCGGAGCAGGGCAGUUUGGAGAAGUCUGGAUGGGUGUCUACAACAACGACAGGAAGGUGGCCAUUAAGAACCUGAAGAUGGGCACCAUGUCAGUGGAAGCCUUCAUGGCAGAAGCCAACAUGAUGAAGAACCUGCAGCAUCCUCGCCUCGUCCGCCUCUUCGCCGUGGUCACCCAGGAACCUAUAUUCAUUGUCACCGAGUACAUGGAGAAUGGAAGCUUGGUGGACUUUCUGAAAACACAGGAGGGAAGCAAAUUAUCCACCAACACACUCAUAGACAUGUCAUCACAGGUGGCUGAUGGGAUGGCGUUCAUCGAGCGGAAGAAUUAUAUUCAUCGAGACCUGCGGGCUGCCAACAUCCUAGUUUCCCAAGAGCUCAUCUGUAAGGUUGCAGAUUUUGGCCUCGCAAGAUUAAUAGAGGACAAUGAGUACACGGCGAGAGAAGGUGCAAAGUUUCCCAUUAAAUGGACAGCACCAGAAGCUAUAAACUAUGGCACCUUCUCUAUAAAAUCUGACGUGUGGUCAUUUGGGAUUCUUCUCACAGAAAUAGUGACAUAUGGACGGAUCCCUUACCCAGGUAUGUCCAACCCAGAGGUGAUCCAGAACCUGGAGCGUGGAUACAGAAUGCCGAAGCCAGAAAACUGUCCCGAUGAGCUUUAUGACAUCAUGCAGGAGUGCUGGAGGGAGAGACCAGAGGAAAGACCCACGUUUGACUACCUGAAGCACCUUCUGGAGGAUUUCUUCACUGCCACAGAGAGGCAGUACCAGGAGUAGCUGCAGAGCAGAGAAAAAGACCCACAGAGACACACAUAUGUGUAAUCAAACUAAUAGCACAACUGGCGAUAGUUGAUGCUGGAUUUUUUUUCCUAUUUGCUAGAGAAGUUAGGGGUGGGAACUGGGACGAUCAUCAUAAGAGUACUUUGUGCAUCAAACUAAUCCAGAAAACAUUUGCAGUAAUCUCUGAAGGAAACGUGCGAGCAGGAGAGAGGAAUCCUGCUGGUUGAAUAAACGGGGAAACUCAGUGCUGGAGCUGAAUAAACAGCUGCUCUCCUGGUGCUUUUACAAAAAAAAAACAUGUAAAUAACUGCUUGAGUUGAAUUUUUUACCUGUGCAUCAUAAUAGCGGUUUAAUUUACAGUAGCAAGCUUUUUGUGAAUGUUUGUGUAUUAAGGCAUAAAACGAGCCACUGUUUGACUGAAUAGAGUUGGGAAGCAUAUUAAAUACAAAGACGGUACUUUAUGGAUGUUUUUUAUUUUAUUAUAAAGAAUGAAUGUCUAAUCCGUAAAUACCGAAAAUGUAUUUUUUUGAAAUUAAGUGAUUAGUGUGCGUCAGAUACAGUUUUAUAUAUCCUGUAAAUAUACAUCUUUAUAAUUUCUCUAGUCUUGUGAUGGACUGACAACCUGUCCAGGGUGUACCCUGAAUAAACUCUCCCCGAAAUCUUUGAAA